UCUAAUUCUGAGCUUUCAUUUUCUUCAUCAUGCUCUGCUCUGAAUCUGAAUGUUGCUCUUGACCAAUGAUUAUCUUCUCUUCAUUUGCAUAUUUCAUUGUUCAUUCUUUGGUAGAUUUUCAAGCUGUUUAUGUACAUUUUAAUUCUGUCGUUGACUGUGUUAUUUGUGGAUGCUGAUUAACCAGUGAGGUGAAUUUCUUUCUUUUUGUUUUUCUUGAGAAAACUUGUAUGUAUGAGCAAAUUGAUAUCUUUGCCAAAGCUCGUUACUAGUAGAUCUAUUAAUAAUCAUUCAGCUUUGCAAGAUUUCUUGUCCCUUUGCUUGGCUUGAUAAGGCAACUUCAACAGUUCAACCCCAUUUCACAUUUAUCUGCUCUGCCUUGAGAUGUUUAUGCUUCACAGUUAUCUACUUUUUCGUAUUUAAAUUCUUGCACCCCGCUUUUUCUGAUUAAAUUCGUCCUGCCUCUUCAUUGACUCUAUUCGUUCCAUGUGACUAUGGCUUCUUUUAGUAUUUUUCUCUUUUAAUUUUGAAGUUUUAUUCCCCCUUCCUUAUUAAGUGUCUUCUCUGGUGCAAUUGACUUCACUUCUACAUAAAGUUUUAGAUCCUCUCUCUUGUUUAAGUUAUUAUUUAAAUCUGUUGUUAUGUAACAUAAAAUCAUUGAGAAUUGCCAUGAAAAUGCCUUAUCUAAUACAGUCAAAGCCCGUCUUGUAUCUGUUUUUUGAUAGAUCAUCCAUAGAAUGGAAUUUGGUUGGCAUUAUUCCAGAGUCAUGAAGUACGGUGGGAGAUUUUUGUUUUACUGCCAGGACAUUGCCUGUGGUUGAAAGCUGCCUUUUGGAUAAUUUGACUGUGGCAGAAUUAAGGGUGGACAUCUGAUCACAGGUUAAUCUGGAGCAAUAUGGCCAGUGGAACAACUCCCAAAGUUCGAUUAGUUAGAUGUCCUAAAUGUCGAUUGGUUCUUCCGGAAGUGGCAGAUGUUCCUGUAUACAAGUGUGGAGGGUGUGGUACAAUUCUUGUAGCCAAAAAUAAAAAAGUCAUUGCCAAAAGCAUGUCUGUCUUGCAAGAAACAGAAGCUGCUCAGGGAAAUAAAUUGGUUCAUGUGUCUGAACGUGGAGAAUCUAGCAGCUCAACUCCACAGGAAGUUCCUUCUUCCACUCCAGAGUGUCUCUUAAGUCAAGAAAGUGGGGGGAAUCAGAACAUUUCUAGAGACUCUCAUAGUGAAAAACAUGGUGAGAACUUAUCAGUCGAAGGGCAACAUAAUGAUCACUAUGACAAGGAUCAAAAUACAUCCUGUGAUAGUGAAAGUGGGGGGAAUCAGAACAUAUCUAGAGACUCUUACAGUGAGAAGCAUGAUGAGAACUUAUCAAUUGAGGGGCAACAUAGUGAUCACUAUGACGAGGAUCAAAAUAUAUCUGGUGAUAGUGAUAGUGAUCAUGAUAAGGUUGAUGUAAAUAGAUCAAAUGAUGGGCAGCAAAAUGGAAGUGAGCAGUUACAGUUGGAACCUUUAGAAUAUUGCGACGUUCUACAGCCAGGAGUUUCCAUGGAAGGUUCCUUUUCCACUGAGCUUCAUCGUGAGACUGAAGAGUUAAUGUUGCUAGCAGAAGCAAAUUUAGAAGCAGAGACAAAUGACAAGAUCUCCCAGUUAGAAGGUGUAAAUUCAGAAUUAGAGACUAAUGAAAAGAGUGACUCCAACAUCCAAGGCUCAAGCAUUGACAACCCACUUGCUACAAAAGAAAUUAAUUUAACUGUUACUGCUUGUGCAGCAGCAGGGGCAGUCAUUUCAUCAGAUAAUCUGGAGCAACCUCAGGAAAGUGAAGAUCGUGGGUUUGACCGUAUAAGGUCUUCAGAUUCUUUUGAAAGUGGAGAUUUUGUCAGCCCCAGUUCUGAGCUCAGUGGUCAUCUUGAAUAUUUGUCUAAAUCCACUACCACCAGAAGCUCUCAUGCUUAUGAUGGCAGUAUCUCUUCUUAUGAUGGAAUGGAUGAUCAAUUCACUGACCAGCAAAUAAAUUCAUUUAAGAAUAAUUAUAAGGCUGCUAACUAUCUUGUUCCUGAAGACAGUCACAGAACGGACAAGUUGCCAACCAAAGGCAUGAUGAAUGGUAAUUAUGGAAUGCAGGAUCAUGCUAGAAAUUUCUCAUCAGAUUUGUCCAAUAAGCGACAUUAUGCCACAGAAAAAUACAGCAAGUGGUGUCGAGAUGAACUGCUAGAACCUGUAAUGCAUCACCAUGCGCCUAGAAACUGGCAAAGACUGGAGAGAGAUGAAUCUCCGUCUCAAAUUCCUUUCUCUCAAAGGGCUUCCUUGGGUGGGUAUGAAAGUGCUGGCCCUUCACGUCAAUUGCAUGAUGAGUCCCCUUCUCAUUCAGCCUUCUAUCCUCUUGAGAAGGCCGAGUACACUGAACAGGAAAAUAUGAAACUGUUAAGAAUGGUGUAUGAACUGCAGGAUCAAAUUAGCAAAACAUGCCAUCUGAAUGGAAAGCCCAAUGGAAGGACUUCCAUUGAUGUACCUUGGAGGCAAAAGCAUUUUCCUACAUAUUACUAUCAGGAGCCCCUGGAGGAAGAAAAUUUUUAUCCUAGGUAUCAUGGAAGACACGGACCAAGGAGCAGCUGGAGCCAGCAAAGUAGAUUCUCGCGUAUACCUUUCUCAGGAGGUGAAAUAAACACUAGACAUCACAUUGAUAACUCCUGUUUAUGCUGCCAUCCCCAAGACUGGCACUGUUCAGAACAUUUGCCUCCACCCAUCUUUCGACAUAACCAAGGAUUUUGUAGAGCCCACCCUGGUGAUAGUUGUUACAAUUCCUACAGCUCUUGCCCCUCUAGUCCUCAAAGAUAUUUGGAGUCUGAUUUUUCCAUUUGGAGCCAUGAAACAAAAUCUGAUAAUCAGAGAUAUAAGGAUCAUGAGCUGAAGAGGUAUUUGAGGGAGAAACAUCAUUCAGCUAGGCGACAUCUCCGGCCCAUGGCAGGUGGGGCACCUUUUGUAACUUGUUAUCAUUGCUUCAGACCAUUGCAGUUACCUGCAGAUUUUCUCCUUUUCAAAAGCAGGUUCCAUCAGCUAAGAUGUGGUGCUUGUUCAAAGGUACUUAAGUUUUCGCUUCAAAAGGGAAUGCAUAUAGUUCCUUAUGACUUAGUUGCUGCAGAACCUCCACCAAGUGAGACUGAGGACAGUGGAGAUGUGAUUGACAUAAGAGUUUCAACAUCAGCUUCUUGUAGCUGCUCCACUGAUGGAGGUCCUGUUUCUCAUGCACAAUUUCAUGAUCUUCAGGGUGAUCCUCAUGUCAGAAAUAUGUCUUGUAGUUCUUCAAAACCUAUGGAACAGAAAGAGGACUUUGCUUUGGAACAGUCUCAAAACAAACAUAAGAAUUCAGUGGAAAAUUUUGAUUCAGCUAUGUCUUCCUCGAAUAUGUCCAGGUCGGAGAAAGUGUCCUCAGGAAUUGAAGAGUUGCCACCAAGAACUGGAGGUUCACCACUUCAUCAACUCAUGGGCUAUGCUUCACCAAGUCUAAUGAUAAAUGGAUUUGGACCAUCCAUCUCUGGCACAAGUUCAUUCCAUGCUGGCAAAAGCUCAGGAUUAAAUAGCUGAGUAAUAUUUUUCCAAGGUAAUUGCCUCUGGCAAGAGCUAAAUUUUCAUGGCAAGUUGCAGUAGUUGAAAAGGCUCAGUGACCUAUUUCCAUGAUUGAAGCUUUGAAGUGUUAUGUGCUGAAAUGGAAGAAUCACCAUAAGUUGAGACUCCGAAAUGAAAAAGGAGCAGCAUGGAUGGAAUGGGAUUGAUCUGAUUGCUUUGUAUUACAGAAGAGAAGUGAAGCAGAACUAAGGUUUUGGUUUAUGAUUCUGAAGGCACUUAUACAGGAUACAUUUACUUGAUUUGUUUAUUCAUGUAUAGUAUAGUUGAUCCUGGAUCAUGUAUAAAUGAUAGGAAAGACAUCUCAUCUUUUUAUAUUUACAGAAUGAGAUUUAAUGUAUCUCUUUUGUUGCGCUUAUCCUCAUCUUUCUUAGCUGUGCGAUGUCUUUAGUUCACCUGGAUUGUGUUUAGCUCCAUUUGCUGUAACUAGUUAUCACCAAACAUUCAAGGAAAACAUAAGACUUGGAACUCCAUAACCAGCAAUGAUAAGAAGCUUGUGGUAGUCGUUCUCUAACCAUAGCUGAUGUCUUGAAGACCAAUCAUACAAGCUUCGGGAAGUUAAAAUCAAACUAAUGUAAGUCUUUUAAGAUGAUCAAUCAUGUGCUAAACUUCAUACAAAUUUUGAGUUAUCGGUAACUGCAAUCCUGUAUCAGGGACAUAAAUCUCUUUUCUAAUUUCUGAAUGUACCAUAUGAAACAUACAGUAAACCCAACUAUUCAGUA